AAAAACUGUCAUUAUAAAUGCGCAAGCGCAGUAGAUACGGUUUUGGCGCAUCCGUGUGGCGCCGGUUCUUUGUACCAAUUGGAACACCGCGUUGAUUUCAUUCAUGUGACAUCCCCACUGUAGAGAAAUGAGUGACGAAGGUGUUCACUUUGGCUCUACAUGUCCGCCUCAGGCUGCCACUGCUGAAGGUAUGGACACGGCUCUACCUGUGGGUGGAGCUGUGGGAGUGAGCGACAGCUUGUCGAGUCUCACGGUUGAGCUAAUAGAAGCGCAUCAGAGCCAAAUGAGUGAAAUAGCCGAGAAACAAGAAUUACUAGCUGCUGUGAAGGAGAGAACACAUGAAGAAGAGAUCAAGAAGAAGACAUUAUCGCUCAGUUUGCUAGAAAUGAACAGAGACCUCAGUCAUGAGAGACACAAGAUCUCUCUUCAAGCAGUACAAGAGGAUAGACUGAGACAAGAAAUCACAGAGCAACUCCAGCGUAAUGUCAAACUUCAACAAAGGCUGGCCCUGACAUGCAGACAAUAUGAAAACGAACACAGGGAAUUUUGUGAUUAUGAAAGCAAGAUGGAAGCUCACAGCGACAGGGUUGCUGACUGUGAGAAACAAGGACGGCUGCAAUGUCAAAUACAACAACUUGAAGCAGAAAUUAACGAGUCAAGACGAAAAAAGUCAGAAAUAGAGGCCCAGGCUAGUUUUGAUGAUCCACUGAAGUUCGCAAAUGGACACUUGCUGAUGGAACUUCAGUCCCGCUUGGAUCGGCUCCAAUCUUUAAAGGCUCAACAAACUGAGACAAUUCAGAGGAAAUUAAUGGCCAAAGAGAAUGCAAACGAGAGAUUGAAAAAAAUAAAGAGAGAAACAGAAAUGCUCCAGAGAAGAAAUCAGGCACAGAUGACAAGACUCAAACGGCAACUUCAAGAGGCACAGGCAAGGAACAGACACUGGGCCAAUGAAGCCACACGACUCCAACAGAGCAUUGAUCAAAUAGAAACCUGCAUAUAGACCAAGCCACACAUUGCAUAUACACCCAGAACUUCCACUUCAUUUGUAUAAGAAACAAAGACAAAAGCAUUCCAAUGAUAUACAUACAUAAUGCUAAUAAGAUUGAUAGUGAAUGUGUGAACUAACUAAAACACUGACAGCAAUCCUUCACACUCACGUGAGCUUAACU